AUGGGUAUCAUAAGUGCCAUAUUUGUUGUCCACGCGAACAGAUUACCAGAACAUUUCCGGAAAGAUCCAGAUUGGGAAGCUUUGAAAUUAAGCGAAUAUUUUCAAGGUAGGUUUGCAUCUGCCCGUGUUGAGCUUGCUCUUAUCAGCAGCAUUUGUCGAUAUGUGGUUGGUGACAGGGGAUGCGGACUUUGUUGUGUGCCACUGUUUUGUGCACAGCAGUUUGCUUCGAAUUCGAGGAGACAGGCUAAAGCCGAUUUUGACAUUAGAUCCUUGUAUUUGAUGGAGAUCGAACCGUAG